AUGUGCACGGAAGCAGAAUUGUCGCCUACUCCCCUCUCGACCUUCCGCUCGAUAGAAGUAAAGCUACACUUCCGAAACAAAGGUAUGAAUUCGUCUACGCAUUCGCAGGAAAUGGCCAGUUGUUGUAGCAACGAAGAUGUGGAAUUCACCUCCGAACUUGAACCUCAGCCUCAUUGCAGUUGCGGUGCUUACGACAAAAUACUGUGUGCAACAAGUUUGCUGCGCAGAAGAUUGGUUAAUGCAGUCCUUACUGAGUUGGACCAGUACGAGCAGCCUUUGGGAUCUCUAUUACAAUUUUCGAGACAGGAAUCAGAUGUUCCUGGAGCUGACCAAAGCCAGCUGAGCUCGCAGUCGCAAACGCACAAUUCUCAAGUUGCUCAUACCCUCACAGACUCUCUAGAUACCAUUGUUAAUAGUAUUGUGUCAAUGACAGAAAAGAAGAUAACCAGCGGUUUGUUAGCGUGGAUCUCCGACCAGCUGGUUGAAGAAUGCACCCCUCACAAACUGGUGGUUCUUCUGUCAGAGGUUUGCGGAGGUGCUAGCUGCUCGCUAAACGAUGCUGCGCAGUACACAUCUGUAUGUCGCCAGCUUAUUGAGAAACUAGCAGCUGUUCCCAAGGAAUCAUUUGACUCUCAGGAGUUUGCAGAAAUUCUCUGUUGCCUGGCGGAAAAUCGGCGUCUUUCGUCUCAGUUUGCUGAUCGAUGCAUGAAAGCAGCUAACAUGAAGACAUGGAAAGCACCUUCAGAAAUUCUGCAUUCGAAUUCUGUUCCGGAGAGUAAUACUGCAGAAGCACUUCUUCUUCGGAAUAAUCGCGCAACCCUUUUGAGUUCCGGUCUGCUCAAUCACACAUUAGAGUCACUUUGGCCUCUGGAGAAACUUUCCAAAUGUGAAGAACAGUUCUGCGAAGAUCAAAAUCUGUUUGUGGAAUCGUUAAUUCUUCGAAACGCAGAUAAGGUCAAGACAAUAUUGCAAACUGACUGGGUCACUAUUGACUCUUAUUGUCCGCAUCUUCCAGUUCCAUUCACGGCUGCUGCUCUUGCUUGUGUCAACAGUGCUCUUACAACUUCUGCUCUCGAUCUAGACCUGAGCUGUUCUCUUCUCGAAAAUGUGGUUCGGUCUUUCGCUCUUUCUUUGUCUUCUAGUCCAUCGACUAUGGGUCAUGUAUUCAACUCAGUCGCCAAACUUUUGGGAAAGGCAUCACGAGAUCGUAAUCAUUUGAUGCGGAUGGUAGAGUCUGUAGAAGCGCUUUCUGUUUGGAUUGAUUUCACUUUGGCGAGAUACAGCAGACUUUCGGCUUCGUUAUGGAAUGCAAUAGACGAACUUUUGAACAUGUUGGCAGAGCAGAUGGAAAACAGAGCUAAAGAAGCGACUACUGGUGCAAAAACUGUUCCUAUUGCCUCUCCUGAAGAGUCGCUGAAUGAUGAAUCCGUCGCUGGAAAUUGGCUUGAGAGCAUUCUUGAACAAGUUCCGGCAAUGCUUGAUCAGCAGUCUGCUGUACAAUCCCAGAUCGUAUCUGAAAUAGUUGAGAUUACCAAGAGGAUCGAAUUUCUUUUCCGUAUGAUCUCUAGUGUCAGAGAUCUGUCUCACUGCAACGACAGCAUUUCGAGUGUUUUCAAAAAGGCUCAAAAUCUGUCUAAUGCGGAUAUCAUAGGAUAUCUACAAAAUGCCUAUAUUUCACUCUCAAAUCGCAGCCUGAUCAGAUCAGAACUUCAGAGUCGACUACUUGAUGAGGUGUUGACUAGUGAAGGUUCGCAGAAAGCAGCCUUGCUGCAGACUCUAAUCUCAGGAAGUGCGGGAAGCACGCGAUCUCAGCUAGUUUCUUCUAUCUUCAAGCAUGCACUGGAACAAUACAGGGGAACGGAGAGGUCCAAGUCUGCGGAGAGAAUUUGUCGGGAAGAGUGUUCGGUAUUAGAAGAGUCUUCUCAUUAUUUGACUAAGCAGCAUGCAUCUGAAUUUGCGAAGCAAACUGUGAACCUCUUGCAAUCUUUUUUGACUGACAAAACUUCGUCGGUCGUCCUUGUAGAUGGCGUGAUAUCGCUUUUGCUCACUUUGGUGCAUAGAAGACCGGACUGUGACUGGUCACUUGAUCUGAAGAUGCUCGGAAAAACUGAAAGUGAUUGGUGCGCACUAAUGGACUCAUUGGCCGUAUUCUCGCUCCGUCAUCCAUCUCAGACAUUCUUGUCCGGCACUUAUGCUUUACUAUCUCAUGAGCAUUUGCGUAAUGGUGAAAAUCUUGAAUUACCCAUGCUGCUUUUCAUUCUUCGGCAUUUACCACGUCUAAUGAGUGAUCAGGGACAAAAAGAUCUACAGACUUUCAAUAAGCAUGUUCCUGGAAUAGAAAGUCUUGUAAAGCAAUUUGUGCAACCAGAUAAUGUUGCAAAAUUGACAGAUCGUGCGGUACGACUUUUCAUUGACUUCCUCAGUGGGGGGAGUUGGCAAGAAUAUCUUCAGAGCUUCAUACUCGUUGUACUCAUAAUUGAGUCCACGGGUAAUGGUCUGGGAUUAUCCCUUUUCGAAAGCUUUACGUACCUAUUACACAAUAUUGACGUGCAUGAAGUCAAAGACGCAUGCAUAUCAUGGGAAGCUACUGGCGGUAUUGACCGCUUACAUUGUACGCUGUCCAUUUUUCGAAAUACAGCUUUUUGCGACUCGCUACCAUCUUUUGAGGAGCAGUGCCGGCAGGCGCUUAGUGACGAUGUCUUGACUAAAUUGGUUGCUGACAAUCGCUCACCUCGCAAGAGUGAACUGAAUUCAAUUCUGAAGGGCGAUGGUGAUAUCGGCGAGGAAUUAAAAAAUGGUGUUGAUGAUUACUUACUACAUCAGCACCUUCGCCAUGAAGUUGCAAUGCUGCUACUACGCGAAGUGCAAGAGCUGUGGAAGAAGAAGCCUGACUGGAGCGUCCUCAAUGUAGCACAUGUGAAAUGGAUUGUGAAAGUUGCCUGUAGCGGACAGUAUUCGAAAGAAACGGCUGAGCGUGCUGAUCAGGAACUCAAUAAGUUGGGAGCGGAUCAAGCUGCAGAGUUUCGUUUCUGUUAUCUUUCGGAAACUUUGUUGAGUGGAGCUACAAGCGUUCAACCUGUCCAGAGCUUUGAGAAGAAGCCUCUGAUUAGCAUUUUCUCAACGUUCUAUGAAGCUGUGCUGACGAGCGAUAAAGUGAAACCGUCUUGGAUAGAGAAUCAUCUUGUCAUCUUGGGUGAUGUUUUGGAUAAAUGCGCUUCCGUCGAUUCUUCUUCUGAAUGCACAGCCCUUACUCCAACAUUCGUGCAAGUGUUGUCGAACAUGCUUCAGAAGAACCCCAACUCUGAUUUGUCGAAACAAUUGUGUUCGCUGUUAGCUGGCCGCUUACUCUUUCUACCUUCUUGGCUGCGCUGCGCUCAAGCUCCUAGCGCACUUAUACUGAGCUUCGCUCCUAUUCUGCAACAUCUGAAGGAUUACGUUGAUGCGGAAGUUUUGCAUUGCGCCAUGCGCGACAGCGUCGGAACAAUACUACGGCCGACGCUUAUAGAUGACUUGCAUGAUUUUUAUGCCAUUGUCGUACAGUCGACGGAUCGUUUAGCGCAGACUGCACUCACAUGGACUGGGAAACAAACAGCUGAGAGACGCGAUCGCUUGCACAGCCUUGUACCAUUGCAACGGCGAGAAGAUGUUUUUCACAAAGCACUGAUGAUUAUUUGCACUUAUGGUGAUUCUGAGACGCACAUCGAGGUCCUUCGUCAUUGCGCUGAAAAUCUCUCCGCGUGGAUUGAUGUGUCCACGGACGAAGAAAAUGUCAUGCGCGGACAAAGCCUACUCGUGAAUGACAACCGGCUUGUGUUUCGUCUGAUGGUUGUGGCGAACCUUUUCGAGUAUUGUUCGGAACUUGGCAAACGUGCCGAACCAUACUGCUCUGAUACAUACUUUAGCGAUUCGGAAACGUUGAAGAAUACCGUCACUCGCCGUGGAGGGCCAACAACGCUACCGACAGUGGAACGCCGCGAGGAAACACGUUCUGGCAACAAUGUAUCACUCUGCACAUAUGCCGCUACGGAGAAAGAAUUUGUACAUCAACACUGGUACAAUUGUCAUACAUGCAAAAUGACCGAUAACAAAGGAGUGUGCAGCGUAUGCGCUAUAAAUUGCCACAGAGGGCAUGAUUUAUCUUACAGUAAACAAGGUUCUUUCUUUUGCGAUUGUGGUGCUGGAGGUUGUCCAGCGCUGAAGACGGCGACUUACCGUUGCCCAGCUAUCUGCGCUGCACGAGGCAGAACUGCUCCUUCUGUGCAUACGACGGUUGAUAGCGGAAUUCAUCAACCAGUGUCGUUCCCAGUUGCUCUUGAGCACAAUGCCGACUCUUUGGAAGUGAUGAAUCUAUUGGAUCGGAUACGAUCUGGAAUUGAAAGUCGUAUGGAAGUGAUUGAAAGGAUUGUCCGUGCUUCACUGCAUGCUCGUGACUCUCGAUGGUCUUUAGAUGAACGCAGAGACAAUGUUCGACGUUCACUAGCUGAUCCACAACGUUUGAGAAUGGUCUACGAUCAGGCAAUCAUGGAGGAUUAUGAAUCAGCGAAAACAAACGCUCUUAUCGAACCGAGGAGACCACCGGAGCCACCCAAUGACAGAAAUAAAGCCAGGGAAAUUUGUCAUGUGUUGCCCUUUGAAAAUGGCUGUCAUUUGUGGUUCAUGCUUUCUGAGCAUGCAACGACAUUGCAGAUUUUCCAUAUGCAUCCCGGCCAGAGCUUAUCCGAUGAACUUGAACACAUGCGCAUUGAUUCUGAGCCUGUUGGAUUCGCUGGUCGUCAGAUUUCCUGUAGGGAUGAUAAAGUGGCGGUCGCUGGACUCAGCGAUAUCCUUACUCUCCGUAUGAGUAGGGAGGGAGAGAUUGUCGACCGCAUGGUUAUCAAAUUGGCCGAACUAACGACAACGCACAGUAACCCUAUAGUAAAGGUCAUAUGGGCUCCGAAUCGUCCUGCGCUACUGGCUGUUGCCACUAUGCAGCUGAUUAGGAUGUAUGAUUUGAUGCUUGAUGCAGACAAUUUUGUCGAAGAGCUUGUGCUCCCAGUUGGGAAUGUGGAAGAUAUCGAACUGAUCCAUAGUUCUGCAAAUAAUGAGAUGUGGUUGAUGGUAUUGAGCUCAUCUGGCCAUCUUUAUGAGCACAAAUUGAUUGCGAAAACUGCGGACAACACCUCGUUUUUCCUGACCAACACAGUAACUUUGCCUCAUACGCAACAAACACUAGGAUCAGGAGUAUCUAUCCAUUAUUCUUCUGUUUCUGAGCUGCUGUUUCUUUCACUUGAGAAAGGCACGUGGUUUGCACCUAUUGAGAAAGGAAACCUUUCGAGAGAGAAUCUGACAUUCAACUGGACAAGGCUCGAGCUGUCGACGUCUGUACACUGCUGGCAGGAGUCUAGCGGGGUCAUGGCGUGCCUUUCUUACCCAGUUGCAUCUUCUUUGGUUUUUAUAUAUCCGACACUGGAGCAGAUCCUUGUUCAGCGUGUGAUACUGAAGAGAUCCGCGUUUACUCAUGCUCUUUUCACUGGAUCAUCUGCAGAUAUGAUAUACUCAAUGCCAUUCUUCUACGACUCGCCUACAAACCUGAUCUACUCAGCACGAUGGUCUACGUUGCCCGACUUGUGGAUAGAGUGUAUGCCGAGUGAAAUGUGCGCUCAAGCCGAGAAGGAGAAAGAAGAGCCUGAAACAGAGCUGCAGGACAGCGACUUGGUCACGCUUUUCGAGCGUUGUGAACCUGUGGAACGGGUCGAAGUCUCCUGUACCGACCUUUCUAUCUUCUAUGAUGUUCAUGACCUCAAUGUUCGACUAAGCACCGUUGGAUCCAUGCCUGUCACUGCUAUUCAGAAAGAGCAGUUUGUCCUGACGAUGAGGGUGGGAGACCCUAACACCAUUGUUCGGGCAGUUCGUGUGGAGAUGCCUGCAGAAAGAGGUCGUGGUCCUUCAGAGGUGACAAUCGGUGGAAAAACAUAUCCGCUGACCAUGACAACAGAUCUGGCUAGAUUCUUUGACAUCAGAUUCACAAGAACUCAGUCUCUGGAAUUGGACCAUCGCAACAUAACCCUUACGUUUUCUGGAAGAUCGCGGUCGCAAGUAGGAAUGACUGUCGUUUCCGUACGCCUCUAUGGCAUGUCGAAGAGAGAGUUUGGAUUCCCCCGUUCACAUCUUAUUGCUCGUAUGCCGCUAUCCUUACCUGAUCAGUUCCUGCUCAACGUGCUGCGCAUGCUAACAACUCUAACUACGCGGAAUCUCUUUGUCAAGGACCGUGAAUGGAUGGUCAAAACCGCAUGUCGCCUGAUGAGUCCCCGUUUAUGUCAUCGUGAUUUGGUCGAUGCAGCCAACCAUCUUCUCCGAGUUCUUUUGGUUGACAGCGUGCACGAUUACUACGCAAGGAAGGAUCUAGUCAUCAUUAAUGAUCUAGCAGUCUUUUCUCGUGGCAAAGUGCCCAUUCCAACCGACCUGAUGGCUGACUUUGCGUUACAGCUGAAGUACAUGAUGUGUACGCGUUGGAAGCAGUUUUGGAGUAUUGUGAAAAGAAAGUUUGGAAGUUCUGUUGGCAUUAUGUCUUUCCUGCAUCGAGAAGUGGCUGCUGCAGCUGCUCUAAAUGCUCCGGUCAGCGUAUCUGAUCCCUUACCAGCAUUGGAGCUGUACACUGUGUUGUUAUUCAUUCUCCUUUCUGUAAAUGAUCCACAUUCGAAGCAGCUCACACAGGAAUAUCUGAAUCUUUAUACCGAUCCUAGGACUUCUCAUAUCGCGCAUCGUGUUCGCCUUGUUGGGCAGUCGCUCAUCUAUUCCUUUGCACUUACAACAAGGAAUGACAGAUCUCAAGCACGAUCUAUGAGCUCAUCAACGAAAGUGAUGCGAUGGGGAGGGUUGCGUCCCUUCUUCAAUCGCACUAAAAUACUGAGCCCAGAAGAGGAUCCAGUACAGAUGGAGUUUCUUAUGGGACCCUUGAACUCAAUCGAGAUUCUUACACAGAAGAACAGUGAUAUGUUUGAUCUGGAAAGUGAAUGGCUUCUUCACCUUUUGCAAGCUUCGUUAGCCAAAAUACGCGACGAAGGAUCUAUCGGCUCGCUACCUGUGGAGGGUGUACCAGUCGGUCGCGGCGAUACUGUCCCAUCUACUUCAUUACUCAUCUUCGCUAUGGCUUUGAUGGCUCAGCUAUAUCCAGCGAAUCUCUACCCCACAGUAGUGCAACUGAUUGCGAUGGUUGAUUGGAAAGGAAGCAUUAUUGACAUCAAUGACCAUAACUACAGACAAUUUUUGCUCUUCCGUUUGUUGUUUGUUCUACUUACCAAAUGCGGUGAACAUUUGGAAAACAGGAAGAAGAGCGAAAAGGAGUCCGAAGAAAAGAGAACGGCUAUGUUGCCUGAGGAAGAUUCUGGAUCUCCUUCUGCAUCCGUAAAUUCGGCUGUGGUUGAAUUUGCAGCGGCUGAUGCAUCACGCGAAGCCACACCCACUAGUACGUCUGAAGAUAGAGCGACUACCAAACGGAGAAGUACUGAAAAGUUACUUGCGCAGAUAGUGACGCAGUUGUGCAACGCUGGAGCGCUGGAUUUCUGUCGAAAUCUGUUAGAAAGUGUAGCAAGUUACUGGCGCACCGCUAGAGAACAUCGAACGGCACCAAGAGCAUGGUCGCGGGACAGCGGUGCAGCUUCACAUGAAUCUGGCGUUACUGGGAUAUCAAAUGGCAGAACCGGGGUCAUGGAUGCUCGAGAACAUUACUACACUAUGAUCACCGACGUUGCUCUUCGUCUACCUUGCCAGAUGAGACGUAUUGUCAACGAUGUAAAAUUUGAUGAGAGAUGGCAGCGUAUCUUGUGCGAGUUAGUAACCUACCAGCAUGCUCCACAGCUCCGCAGACAGAGCAAAAAGGUCUUACUAACAAUGUUCGACGGCGACAAGCAAAAAUAUCGUGAAGUGCGUGAUCAGCAUAUGAUGAGAGCACACAUCGAACUUCUCAAGAAAAAAUAUGCACAGCAUAGUUUCAACCAUCAACAGCUGACCGAAAUGGUAGAGAUUGUGAGUGCCAUUGCAGCUACUGCCAAUCAACGCACUACAUUGUGGAGGACCAUCUGCGAGGAGCAGCUUAAUUGGCUCCUACAACUGGCAUGUCGUGUAGCUGAUGCGGUGUCUUGCAGUGUGGUAGAUCUGUUGGUCUCGGCGAUUAGAGAGACCCCAGGUCAACAGGAGCAAAAUAUCUAUCUGGCUGAUAAGAUCAUCUCGGAAGAAGAGAACAGAUGUUUGCUGAUGAUGCUUCUUGUGCGAUAUUUGAUAGGUCGAGAUGAAAGCCGGCGAUGGCUAAUGCAUGGACUUUUGAGAUCUACAAUUCAAUUAGCUAGUCGACACAAUCAGGUGAUUUUAUUGCGUAUCCUCUGGAACGACUUGUGGCCGCUGGCUCGCGGUCUUGGCGAUCAUGGUGCCCAGCUAGCGGACAUCCUCGCCACUUAUGCAUCACGCUUGUUCAAUUCUAGCGAAAUGCUAGCAGUUUGCGAGGCAGAGUUGGAGGCAAUCACUUCCACUGUUAGCAGGAUUGAGAAAGAAGGUCAUGCGGGAUGGUAUCGCCAGAUGACAGGGCUUGGAUUAGGGUGGAAAACUAUGCUCAUGGAUACAAGCCCUUGUCUAGUGUGCUUCUCCAGAAAAGAUACAGUUGAGACAGUAAAGCUGAAUUCCAUCAAGCAAGAGGCUCGCUUUGCUGCAAAUGCUAUGAUGCUGAAGCUGACUUGCCACUAUGAAAUCAGCAAGGUCAUAAUCAAAUUAACAGAUGUCAAACGAAAUAAGAUGAUAAAACGUGUCAAUCUUUUCUACUGUCCAAAAACGGUCGAAUCCGCAGUGGAAUUAAAGACGUGCCCUGAACUCUGGCAACGAGCUUCGAGUUGUAGUGUAACAGCAAAUGACACUGAAGUGGUGCUACAGCUGGCUAUACCUGUUGUUACGGCCUCUUUGGUCAUCCAGUUCUCCGAACUGACUGAAAGUCGCCAAAAUCAGGAACUUCACUGCCCAAGGUGUUCAUCGGUGGUGCAGCCAAACCCUGGUCUUUGUGAGCAUUGUGGGGAGAAUGUCUUCCAGUGCGUUAAAUGCCGUGCGAUCAACUAUGACGAGAAGGAUCCAUUUUUGUGCCAGUCAUGUGGUUUUUGCAAAUAUGCUCGUAUGGAUAUAUCAGUUGUUUGUCGUCCUCUUCCGGGAGUGCAACCGAUUACAACAGAUAUCGAAAGAGCAUCGUGUGUGGAAUCCAUGGCUCGCUUACUCUGCGAGAUGGAGCAAACCCGCGCUCAGCUGGGAGCUGGUAGAGCACUAUGCGAAUCGUUGUGGCUUCAAUCGCGUCCGCUUCCUCCCAUAAGCUUCCAUGUGGAAAGCCCAGAUGCCGCUAAUGCUCUUAUCGCAGCGCUUCCACCUAUAAAUCAUCAGCAGCCAGCUAUUCAUGCUCUUCUUUUAACAACCACUCACUGCAAAGCGUUACAUGAAGAACUGUGCAUGCAAACGCAACAACUAAUCGCUUUCCGCGAAGAGUUGCGAAGUUAUGAUAGAAGUGUCAAGACAACGCCACUUCUGCAUCAGGCCAUCAAUCAAGGCUUCUACAACGCUAGCGCGAACUGUUUUGGAUGUUUACGAGCCAGCAUUCUUCACUCACUUGCUAUACUUCAAAGUUCUUGUGACGACGAGCAUUGUCUUCAGCGACUUUUGAACUCUGAAGUGGUGUUUGGCACUCUUGUGGAUGUCGGUCGCAAAUAUGAACCGAUUCGAGAAGAAGUUGAGAUGUUACUAUGCCGUAUAUCGCUUGAGAAUGAAAAAGGCACGGAAAAGCUUUGCGACCUUGUCAUGAAUGGAAAAAUUAGUGGCACUGUGCUGGCACGAUCACUUAACACAUUCCCAGAUUCGUUCUGGCAGCUGAAAUUCCGCGGACUACUGAAGAGCGCAAUGAAAUUCAACGAUCACGACACGACUCUUGCUGCUUUGAGCAUCAUUGAUAAAUGUCUUGUCGACGCAAAACCGAUCAGAAAGAGGAUCUACAGAAAGUUACAGCAGAGGAGGCGUGGCAUUAAGACCGAUGCAUCCGAGAGUGUUCUUGAUCGUCGGCGUGUGCAAAUCGCCAAUCGACAUCUCGACUCAUGUGCUACCUUUGGUGACUGGUUAGAAGGGAAAUUGAAUUGGUACGAUUGUGAGGCACCUCCAGAGAAGAAACCAAGAAAUGAUACACAUACGAGCGACACAGCUAAGGAACAUGACGCUUGGAUGUGGCGUUGCUUGUUCUCGCCUUGGAUGGCAGUGCGUGCAGCAGCUGCUAAAAUCAUAGUUGCCGUAGCUGCACAACCGGGUCACUUGGGCGCUGCUGUGUCAGUGAUUUUACGAGGCCUCCCUCUUGCAUCAGUCGCACCUGCGGCAAUGACGGAUCAUUUCUUCCGUGCUGCGCAUAUCAUAAUGAGCGGUGGUCCGGGCAUCAAAGCUCGGCUCUACUCGGAGGGGCUUCAUGUCUGGUUGAUAAAAGUCAUCUUCAAGGAAUGCAAAAGGAUGCAUGAAGAGGAACAGCAAGAAACAAGCAUGGAUCAUUCCUUCGGAACCCUUCUACGUAGCUAUGUCGAACUGCUUUGUUUGCUGCUGACAGGAAGUGGCAUAGAAUCUCUGAAGUUGAAGGCAGCUAGAGAUCACAUCUUGGUACCACUGCUGCAGUCCACAAUCUUCCUUAAAAGAGUACUGCUAAGACGUACAAGAGCUGUCGAGGCUUCCCGCAGUUCUCUUGAAAGACUUCUACGUCGUGUUUCUGCCAAGGAUCCUCUAAUGCUAAUGAGAGCUGCAGUUCAGUCACUAGAUGCCAUCGAGGAUUUGAAUACUAAGGCACAUAUCGUCUCUGUCAUACUAGACGUUUUAAAUCCGGAACAAAAAGAGGAAGAAGAUUUCCACAUCCAAAUUGAGAAGGAUCCAGCUCAGGAAGAUUUUCUACAAGGCAGGAUGACUGGUAAUCCAUACAAGUCAACCGAUGCUGGUCUGGGACCUCUAAUGCGCGACAUUAAAAACAAGAUCUGUAGAGAUACCGAAAUGAUAGCACUGAUGGAGGAUGACAAUGGCAUGGAGCUACUGGUGAACAACCAGAUAAUCUCACUGGCACUUCCUGUGAGGGCAGUCUACGAUAAACUCUGGAAGAAAACCAAUCCGGGGCAACCUAUGGUAAUCGUCUAUAGAAUGCGCGGUCUGCUCGGUGACGCUGUGGAAACUUUUGUUUCUACUCUUGGAGAAGCUGAAGGAGGUGAAGCUGAAGAAGAUGAGGCAUUGUCUUCUCUUACCGGUGCCCUUUCUCAGUGUGGUGGUUUGAGCCGAGCUCUCAGCCUGCUCAGUCUUGCUGAUAUAGGCACUGCUGGCAGAUUCCUUUUGAGUCAGUUACGAAAGCUUUUUGAACGUUGCGUCAGAACCGAACAAGGUCGUAUCGACUUGGUGUCGUCUGGUGCAAUUAAUGCAUUUAUGAAGGUGCUCCACUCCUGCGUAUCCUUGCGAUCCAGUGAUGAAGAAACGCUUCAGCUUGGACUUGAAUAUCUUGAGAUGAUUUCCGCACUUGUAAAUGAUCCAGCCGUACACCCGAUUCUAACCGGAAUUUCCAAAGAAGACACCGAAUGGUUGCUUUCAUUCGUAAUGGCACGACCCGACUCUGGUACCGAAAGCGUCAACAAGUUCUGUAACCAAGUCGCUCGUGUCAUUGGAAACCUCGUCCUUGGCAAUGAAGAGGCCGAAAAGGCGCUCAUCUCCAUGUAUGCAAAGACGUGCCAAUGGAAGGAGAUCGAUGAGACCAAUGACGUUUCCUUGCGUAACGAACGAGUAGUAGCUGUUGAAAGGUUGUGUGAGGUCACUGCUGGAAUUUUGAAUUCAAAAGAAGCAGCUAAACUUAAGCAGCUCAUAUUGGAUAGCGGAGUCAUGGCGAAGGCUUGUAUGCAUCUGGUUUCUAACCACCCACCGUUGUACUCUGCAACGGAAUCGCAGGAAUGGAAAGCAUUCUUGCUCCGCCCAUCGCUGAAGCUGAUGCUAUCGUUCAUGCAUGGUAUGGCUCGUUCACAUGAGGCAAGUCAACGCGCUCUCGCAGAAAAGACAUUGCACAUAUUACAUCGCCUAGAACAGGUAGCGUCGGAUAACUCGAUAGGCACCCUUGCGGAGAACGUUGUGGAAGCGUUAAAGGAGAAUACAGAGGUUGCUGCACAGAUUGAAAAUGUCAGACAAGAAACUAGGCAAAAGAAGCGUCAAAUGGCUAUGGCCAUGCGUAACAAGCAGUUGCGCGAAAUGGGCAUGCAGAUGGGCAAAUCUGGUGAAGUGAAGGUGGCGCAUAGACGCAUCGCGAAUGAACCCGUCUUAGAAGAUGUACUCGAUCCACUUGCGUCGUGUUGCAUCUGUCGCGAACCUCUAUUCCAGGGAACACGGGUGGCAGCUGCCUAUGCAUUUGCUUCUCCGAUACCUGGCGAGUCCCGUGUUCCACAGCUUGCGACCGUAAGUCAAAUGGUUAUGGUACAUAUUGACUGCCAUCAAAAUGCCAUUCGACGAAGCGGAGGAGGUCGAAAUGUGGAUGAAUGGACUAAGGCCUCGUUGCACAAUGCAGGUGCCAAAUGCAACGUAUUAACGCCUAUUGCCAGCGGAACAGCCAGCGAAGCUGAUUGGACCGCAGCUGUGAAUAGAUACCAAACUGAUCUCGAAGUUGCUGCUGCAGUCCCGCCUCUAUGUCGAGCCAUAGUCUUCGUUGACAUCUGUGAACUGAUCGACAAAUUUGUGUUUUUCAGGUCCUUUUCUGAAGCUUCACAAGGAGGGGGCAGGGAAUCGAAUGCUCAAUAUCUCGCCGUUCUCCAUCUGCUCGCUCUGUCCUUGCCUGCGGACGAUUUACCCACCAUCAACGCUCGACAUCGGGUGGUUUCCUUCCUUAUGACCGAACUCACUCUCGAAAGUUGGCGUGAGCAGCGAAUUGAUGUUCUACGCGCGGCGCUCUCUGAUUGUGCUACUGAGGGCCAUGACAGCUCGUGGGGGACCCUGCGUCCAAUUUGUUUGACUUGGGCGUUUGUAGAUCUGUACUUUAGUGAUGUAAUACCGAUCGAUUCCGAUGACCGUGUAGAAUGGCUUCAGUCGCAUUUACUAGAUACGAUACGCAAAACUUCGACUUUCGUCAAGAAAUUUGAUGAAGAAGUGGCACCCUUACGCACUCUAGAAGCAUUUUGCGAAAAAAUGGAUCUUCCCCUCGAUCAAAUCACCCCGCUUAUCGGCAGUGGCAAUGAUGCUGACGUCUAGCUGAUGUGGUCCGCCCACUUUUGCUUGAUAGCUUCUCAUGUGUGCAUGAACAUUGUAGUCCUUGCUGUUUCUAGCGUGUGCAUAAUAAACUUUGCCGUCCGAAGCUUUCCCACCCUCUUUCGGAAAUAUGAAAAAUAUGAAGAUAUAGGUUGUAAAAACCCAUUUAGUGUAUAAUUAACA